CGGAAAACGAGUACUGCAUACAUCUGCAUGCCACCAGUUGUCCCUAUCCCUUACCUCUCCCUUCAAUUCUCCACACGUUCAUUUUCUUCAUUUCAUCUUUUCUUCUCCUUCCUCCUGCUGCUCCUUUCCUGCAAUGGCGUUUUUCACGUUCACGUUCUUCUGCAAGUCAAUUAUAUAUAUAUAUAUAUAGUCCUUAAUUAUCAAUUACUCUCAAUUCUCAUCUCAUCUCAUACCCUUUGUUUGCGACCGUGAGAGAGAGAGAGAGAGAGAGAGAGAGAGAGAGAGAGAGAGAUGUCGAGGUGCUCGUCAUCAAUGGUGGGAGUGGGAUUCAUGACGGUUUUUGCAGUGUCAGGGAGCGUGGUUCUUCUUGCUAUGCAUGCCCACAAGCGUCUCCUCUCACAUUUCAUGAAGAAGUUUGAAUCAGAAUUGACCCCCACCACUGGAUCGGAGAAGUAUCAACCCAACAGGCGGCAGCGGAGGAGGAGGGUUCGGUUCGCGGCGGACGUGGUGGAGCCAUCGUCGGAGAACAAGGAAUACCGGAAAAAGACAAAACCACCUCCUGCUGAAAUGGCUAAGAGAGAGGUUAGCUCGGUAAAACACAGAGGUUAUGAUGAAAGAGAGCAGCAGAAGGUGGUCGUGGAGGAGAAGGACAGCAUGCCUCUUAAUAGGAAAGUUCUGUACAAGGGGAUUAUAGAAUAUAGAAGCCUCGUGAGAGGGCAGAAUUCAUAGGUCACAUGUUCAUAGCCAUUAAUUUAAUGGCUCUUUUUUCUCUUUUUUGGACCUUUGGUGUGAUUGAAUGUUCUUCUUAAUCGAUUGAAUGUUCAGAGGCAGAAAGUUUUGAUAUUCAUCAGCCGUCGGGAUGAGGAAGAAAUGUAUUUUUUCUUUUUGGGAUAAGUUAAAGCCCAACUAAUAAUUGCUUUUCCCCA